UUCAAAGCUGGAAAAACCAACAUCACUGUCAAGAGUCCAGGGUUGUUCUCUUGUGAGACAAUCACAUUUGCUGAAUCGUUCUCUGGUGGAAAGCAAGUAAAAGUCUUUGCUUCCUUUGGUCACUCAAUUAACAACCAGGCCCGUGGUAAUGGUGCUGCUAUUUGGGUGGAAUCGGCAGAUAGAACUCAAUUCCGCGCUUGUAUCCACGAGUACAGCAACGGCUCAAAUUCAACUGCUGAGAUAAACUGGAUUGCCCUACAAUCUGCUCCCAAAAGAGCACAACUCGGAACCGCUUCCCUGGACUCUUGGACUACCGGAACAGAAUGUAAAAAGAUAGACUUUCCUCAGGUACGUUCCAUUUUGCUAUGA